UUUCUUCAGAGCAGGAAACACUAUGUUUCUAGUAUUAAAGAUCUACUAAACUUUUUGAUCUAUUUGGAGCUGAAACUGUAAAGCUUUUGAUAAGAAUAGUCACCAAUUGUGCAUUCGUAUGAAUAAAAUUGUUACUUAUUAAAAGAAAGACCAAUUGUCAACAAUCAUGAAGAUAUACUACAACUUUGGGUUCUUUUACCACCAAAUAGCAAUACAUGUGAUACUACAUUGGUAGUUGGGAUUUUGGAUGUAAAUACAUUGUAACUACAUUAUAAAAAUCAAGCUCCACCUUGUUUAAUGGAAUAGGGUAAUGGCUCCUAUUGAGAUUCAGCACACAAAAUUCCAAUGGCAUUUUUAUUUUGUAACUUUACCAGAAACAACAACAACAUACCUAGUGUAAUCCCACAAGUGGGGGACUGUUUCCGGAAGAUGUAACUAGACCAGAAGCCUAAAAGAAUUCAAGAAGAGGCACGAAAUUCCCGUAGUAGUUUAAUCCUUGUACUGGAAGAAUGGAAAAGGAAAAUGAGUUUUCAUACUUUCAGUCAACAGUCUAUUUGCAAUAGAAUCAAUCAAUAUUACUAGUGGAAUAUGCUUUCCCCAUUUACCUCAGCCUUACCCAAGUCAGAGGAGCAAACUUUGACACAGUGGCUGUGAUGGUUUGGCUUUAACUAUCACGUCUUCCAAAAAACUUUUGUAGUAAAACUUAUGUACUUAUCAGAGAGGUCUUUGCUUAAUCUGUUGCUUUCCUAAGGAGUAAGCUGCUCUUUUAAUCAUGCCACCUUUUCUAGUCUGGAAAAAAAUGAAUCUGACUUGUUUCAUUUGUCUUGGACGAAUGCCAUAUAUUUCACCAAACAUACAUGAAAGUAAGUCCAAUUUGGAAGGUCUCCUCCAGAGGCAUGUUGAAAUGGCUGCUGAGAUAAAGAAUCUCGAUACUGACCUGCAAAUGUUGGUAUAUGAAAAUUACAACAAGUUCGUAAGUGCCACAGACACAAUUAAAAGGAUGAAAAAUAAUAUUGUUGGCAUGGAAACAAAUAUGGAGCAGCUUCUUGAAAAGAUAAUGUCCGUACAAUCUAAAAGUGACGGGGUCAAUACUUCUCUUUUUGAGAAGAGGGAGCACAUAGAGAAAUUGCAUCGGACCGGUAAUCUUCUACGCAAAGUUCAGUUCAUAUAUGAUCUACCCGCUAGGUUAGCAAAAUGUAUCAAAUCAGAAGCCUAUGCUGAUGCUGUGAAAUACUACACUGGAGCCAUGCCCAUUUUUCAAGGCAUAUGGAGACUCCCUCGUUCCAGGGAUUGCAAAGAGACUCAGAGGAAGCAAUUUGCUGUUAUUACAAACGAACUUGCAGGUUUCUCCUCUUUUCUAGUUACUUUGUUGAGUAGAUGCCAUAGUUGGUUGAGGUAA